AUGCUGUCUUGCAUAUGGAAGCCGUCCGAGGAGGUGCGCGGCGCCAAGCAACGCGCUCUCGUCUACUUUGUGUGCGGGAACCCCGGCCUCAUCGGCUUCUACGUCGACUUCCUCGACGCGCUGCGCAGCCUGCUCGACAGCUCGGCAGCCGGAGCCACGGCGUACGACCUCUACGGCGCCAACCUCGCUGGCUUCUGCGACGAUGAGCACGAACCGUUUGGCCCCGACAACCCGCCGCUGGACGUGCACGCGCAGGUCGACGCCACGUACCGCGACGUGGCCUCCCGCCGCGUGAGCAGCCCCGGCGGCGGCCCCGACGGCGGCCCCGCCGACGACAAGCCCUACGACCUCGUCAUCCUCAUGGGCCACUCGAUCGGCGCCUACAUCUGCGUCGAGAUAUUCCACAGACACCUGCGGGAUGCCAGCCGGGCGCCCCAUCUCCGCCUCCGCCACGGCUUCCUGCUCUUCCCGACGAUCGCCUCCCUCGCCGCCUCGCAGGCCGGCACCCGCCUCAACCGGCUGCGCGGCCUGCCCACCGUGGACGCACACUUCGCGGCGUACGCGGGAGCUCUGCUGGGGCUGCUGCCGCAGCGCGCCCUGCAGUGGCUCGUCGAGAAGGUGCUGCGCUUCUCGCCGCGCGCCGCGGGCGUGACGGCGGAAUGGCUCAAGAGCCGAGACGGCGUGCUGCAGGCCUUCCACAUGGCCAAGUCGGAGCUUGACGACAUCCUGGAGGACACGUGGGAGGACGCGCUGUGGGAGGCAUCCGGCGCGGACGACGGGACGGCGGGGGGCAGCACGACAGGGCCCCGUGCGCCGCGGUUCUUCAUGUUCUACGGCAGGCAGGACCACUGGGUUGCCGACCACGUGAGGGACGAGUUUAUCGCGCGGCGGCGGCGGCGGGCGAGGGCGGGCAAGAAGGGGAUGACGAGCAUCACGGUCGACGAGGGCAACAUAGCCCACGCGUUUUGCACGAGGGAGGACACGAGCUGGAUGGUGGCCCGCAAGGUGAAUGCCUGGGUCGCGGAGAUUGAUGGGGCCGACGGGCGGUGCGAGUGA